CGUUGAACGCAGAUUGUGCGAGGCGUUUCGCCUCGAAAGUUAAACAUCUCGGACCCUUUCUAAACCUGGGAUAUUUCUCUCAAAAUUAUUUUUUGUCUUUAAAAACCCAAGUGUGGGCAAGUUUUCCUCUGGAGUGACUGCUCAAUACUCUCAUAAGACGGUCAAGGUGUUUCCCGACUGGACUUUCCAAACACACUACACAUCCCGAAUUUGCCAAUGACAUAAUCAAGGCUUUGCAGACUGCCUGGGGUCAGGUCAUCUAACCCCAUCGCUGCAGGAUUGUUGUGGCAUCGUAGAAAGGAAGCUGAUUUUCAAGUCAUCAUGCCGGCCCUCUCCACCAGAACUGGCAGUGAAAUAGGUCUGUAUGAGCUGCUGACUGUACUACCGUCUCAGCUGCAGCCUCAUGUCGAGAGCGCAGAUGACCGCUCCUUUCUACACGCUAUGUUCGGAGAGAGGAGUCUACACUCAUUGGUCAAGAUCCACGAGAAGUUACGGUGUUAUGAAGACCGCUCCCCAACUCCAGUACUGGACAGCGCCGGCUCACUGGCCCAAGACCUGACAGAGGAACUUCAGGAACGUGGUGCAAGUGGCGAGAUCAGGGAGCUUGUCAGAUUACUGUCCAAACCACAUGUAAAGAGUUUGUUGUCAGUUCAUGAUAUUGUGGCCAGGAAGAGUUACGAUCCAGAACUUCCUCCUUUGCCAGAUGACAUCGAUGAUGAAGAAGAUUCUGUCAAGAUCAUUAGACUGGUCAAGAAUAAAGAGCCUUUGGGUGCCACCAUAAAGAGGGACGAGCACACAGGAGCGAUCAUAGUGGCGCGCAUCCUGAGGGGCGGAGCAGCAGACAGAAGUGGUCUGAUACAUGUCGGGGAUGAGCUAAAGGAGGUCAACGGCAUCCCCAUAGAUGACAAAAAACCUGAGGAAAUAAUUCGCAUCCUGGCACAGUCACAAGGUGCCAUCACAUUUAAAGUGGUCCCAGGCAUCAAAGAGGAGGAGCCAAACAAACAGCCCAAGAUGUUUGUGAAGGCGCUUUUUGACUUCAGCCCAGAAGAGGAUAAUGCGAUCCCUUGCAAAGAGGCAGGCUUGGCGUUCAAGAAGGGAGAUAUCUUGCAGAUUAUGAGUCAGGAAGAUGCCACCUGGUGGCAGGCCAAAAACGAAGGCAACGGGAACCCGCGCGCUGGUCUUGUCCCUUCCAAACACCUUCAGGAAAGGAGGUUUGCAGUAUGGAGACCAUUGACCGUCGCACUGCCACAGAGGACCCCCAGCAAACGAUUUACGGGUCUGCGGAGGAGUUUUCGUCUCAGCAGAAGAGAUAAGAAGACAAAUAAAUCCAUGUACGAAAGUAAGAGAAGUGAGCAGUAUGACACGGCUGACGUGCCCACGUAUGAGGAGGUGAUGUCUUACCGCAGGAAACCCGGAGAGAGACACAGACUUGUUGUUAUUGUUGGUCCUACUGGUGUUGGUAUGAAUGAGCUCAAAAAGAAGCUGUUGAUAUCCGACCCACAGCAUUUUGGUCUCACCGUCCCACACACCUCCAGAUCCAAGAGACAAUCGGAAAGUGAUGGAGUGGAAUAUCAUUUUAUCUCCAAACAUUCGUUUGAAGCAGACAUUCAUAACAACAAGUUUGUUGAACAAGGAGAAUAUAAGGGGAACUAUUACGGGACGAGCUUUGACUCUGUACGUUCAGUCAUGUCCAAGAACAAGGUGUGCCUUUUAGACGUACAGCCACACACGCUGAGGCAUCUUCGCACAGCCGAGUUUAAGCCAUAUGUGGUGUUUGUGAAGCCUCCGUCCAUCGAGCGUCUGAGAGAAACCAGGAAAAACGCUAAAGUCAUCUCAGGCAAAGAUGAUAAGGGCUCUUCUAAACCCUUCACGGAGGAGGACUUUCAGGAGAUGAUCGACGCCUCUCAGAUGAUGGAAAACCAGUACGGUCACCUCUUCGAAAAGGUCAUUGUGAACGAUGACCUCACGACCGCCUUCAGCCAGCUCAGGCAGGCGCUGAGGAAAGUGGAGACAGAAGCUCACUGGGUGCCCAUCAGCUGGACUCAUUCCUGAGGAGCGGCACACAACCCAGGACAAAACAUACAGGGAACAAGACAUCAAUCAAACGUGCGGGGGAAAAGAGAAGGACUAUGAACUCGAGAUUUCAGUUUUUAUUUGUGGCUGUAGAUGGUGACGGGGAUAUUGUUUUAGAGUUAUCUUAACAUACGUGAAGUGGUUUAUCUGUUCUUGGCGAGCUAAAGUGGAUGCUCAUAGGUUUGUAUAUGUUUGGUCAUGGUGGAUGUAGCUGAAGUGGUGUAAUUACACUCGGAAUGUAGGCAAACGUUUUCUUGUUUAGCAGCGACACAGAACGUGUGUUUCAGACUGCCAGUCAAGUGGUCUGGUGGUGCUGACCGUGCCUCCGUGUAUUUUUAACAUUAGUUUAUAGAAACCAAAGGGAUGAUUAUUAUUUUUCUGGGGUCAGAGUAUGCAUUUUUGUAUCAGAGUGAAAUUUGGGAGUUAGUAGAGUUUUGUUUUAUUCUUGGGGCUGCUUUAGCACACUAAAUCGCUGGCUUGUUCUUCUGAAGAAGGUUAUAUCAGCAUAAACAUAAAUAGAGAAAGGUCAUGUGAUGCUCAGAAGGCCCAAAGACAUUUUAUUUAAAUAGGAAAUUAAUAUAUUUUGAUAGUUUUUACCUUUUUAGCCCAAUUGCGAUUUAUCAGAUCUGUGAGCACUCUCUUUUUUAUUAUGUCCUCAUUGCUGUUCAAAUGCGCAGGGUCCCUGUAUAUUUUUUCUCUUCUUUUCUUUCUGGUCUAAUCCGAAAGGCCAGCUGAUGAGGGCAGGCACUCCGCAAACACAUAUGAGGCGGUGAAUGUACUGAGCUGAUUACAGGUCUCUCUCAACUCAAGUCUCGUAAAAUCAUCUAUAAAAAGAAACUUUACAGCAGGUUCCCAGCACUAUACUCUUCUAAACAACUUUAGAUGAAACAGUCAUUGAAGGAAACGUUCCCCUGAAAAAGUAACUUCUGACAUCACUGAUUUUCCCUUAGAGAAAGCAUUGGAUGUUUACUUCUAAUGUUUAAAACUAAAUAAGAUUGUGGAAAAGCAACCAAAAAUGUUUUUAUGUAUACUUUUUAGUCAUUGUCAUUUUUAGAGCUCAUCAUCUCCAUUCAUUUUCAUUGAAACACGCAGAUACUGCAGCAGCUCCUUUAGGUUUCCAGAAUAUCAAACUUUUUAAAUGAAAUGAGGGUAAGUAAAUGGCAGAAUUUUCUUUUCAGGUGAAUCGAUGUUCAAAAUGGCCUUACCUAAUAAUAUACAUACAGUACAUGUAUAGUUUUUUUUUUUCAAUUUUACAGUCUUAUCUACAGUGCUUUUUAUAGGAUUUGGUUUGCAAUGCAAUGUCACUCUGUCAGGAUCUUUACUAUGAACUGUUACUGUGUUUACCAAGUUGUUUAGUCCUACAUUCCAUAUGAACACACUAUGUAGUCUUUAACACCGAGGUGCACUGCGGUCUUCAUUCAUCUCAAUGUCAGUCUUGUCUUUAUCACAUUUUAUAUACAUCCUCUCUGUUUCAACAUACUUGCUAUCAGUACAUCUACUGUUAUACGCAAGGCUUCACAACUCUUCUCAGGCUUUAAAACUUUUCUUAGUAUGAAAUAUGCAAGGUCAAUGUUAAAUCCGUUAUGUCCAGUUCUGAGGAUAAUCAUGAGCUUCCGACCUGUGGCGUCACAAAACCUCUCCAAAUGGACAUUAAAAAUGUCAAGCAGUUUUGUUGGACUGUAAACUUUGUAUUAAAAAACAGCAUUGAGAAUCGA